AUGGCGACGAUUUCUAUCCUAAAGCUUCCUCAAAUAAGGAACGAGCCUAACCAACACUAUGAGAAUAGCUCUGCGCAACGUGCGGGUUUAACCCAAGCCAUCGAAAAGGCAAAGACCUCUCAUAUCGAGGUUCCCCUUGUCGUCGGUGGAGAAGAGAUCACCACAACGGCCAAAGGAAUCCAGGUCAACCCAGCAGACCAUCAGACCAAAAUCGCAAGCUAUUCCAAAGCCAGCCCAUCCGAAGUCCAGAAAGCAAUUGAAUCAGCACUGGCAGCACGGAAAACCUGGUCAUCGCUCCCCUUCGCCGACAGAGCAGCCAUCUUCCUCAAAGCCGCGGACCUGAUCUCGAACAAAUACCGCUAUGCCAUCAUGGCAGCCACAAUGGUAGGCCAGGGUAAGAACGCCUGGCAAGCCGAGAUCGAUUCCGCUGCCGAGCUGGCUGAUUUCCUGCGCUUCAAUGUGCAUUAUGCCGAGCAGCUCUACGCGUCUCAGCCGGUGCAUCACUCUCCAGGUGUGUGGAACCGGGUUGAGUACCGCGCCCUUGAAGGCUUCGUGUAUGCCGUCUCUCCAUUCAACUUCACAGCUAUUGCUGGGAACUUAGCUGCCCUACCGGCCCUGCUCGGGAACGUGGUUGUCUGGAAACCGUCUGAUUUUGCGAUUACGUCGGGGUACCUGGUGUAUCGCAUCCUGCUUGAAUCAGGGCUGCCAUCUAAUGUGAUCCAGUGGAUUCCUGGAGAUCCGGUCGAGAUCACAAAUACUGUUCUUGCGCACCGCGAGUUCGCGGCUCUGCAUUAUACAGGUAGUACGGCAGUCUUCCGCCAUCUCUACGGCCAAAUCGGAAACGGAAUUGCCGAGGGUCGAUACAGAUCAUACCCCCGAAUCGUGGGCGAGACAGGUGGGAAGAACGCGCAUCUGAUCCACUACUCAGCGGAUAUCAAGAACGCCGCUAUUCAAACCAUCCGGGGUGCGUUUGAGUACCAGGGCCAGAAAUGCAGUGCUACUUCGCGCGUCUAUGUGCCAUCAUCCCGGGCGACUGAAUUCACAGACUGCCUAGUGACAGAGACAGAGAAGCUCUCGACUGGUGAUCCUGCUGAGCAUAACCACUUUACCGGCCCUGUUAUCCACGCCGCGUCGUUUGCGAAGUUGCGCGCUGUAAUAGAUAAUGCCCGCAAGGACCCUGAACUGGAACUUCUACAUGGCGGGACAUAUAACGAUAGCAAGGGCUAUUUCGUCCAGCCGACUAUAUACCGCACUACAAACCCUACCCACAGUCUCCUCUCCACGGAACUAUUCGGUCCCAUCCUCGCUCUCUACGUCUACGACGAUAAGAGAGGUAAUGAGGAGCAGAACGCAUUCGAAGAAGCUUGUACCCUCGUCGACUCAACAUCCGAGUACGGUCUCACCUGUGCUAUUUUCGCGAAAGACCGCGUCGCCGUCAGACUCGCCGAGGACAGGCUGCGUGAUACGGCUGGGAACUUCUAUAUCAACUGUAAAAGCACCGGUGCUGUUGUUGGGCAGCAGCCAUUUGGAGGGGGGAGGGCCAGUGGGACGAAUGAUAAGGCGGGCUCGAUGAAUGUUCUCUUGCGGUUUGUCAGUGUACGGUCGAUGAAGGAGGAGUUUAAUCCUGCCAACGGGGUUUUGUAUCCUAGUAACCUUUAG